AUGAGAGUUACCAACUUUGUUUUACAACAGUUAGACUUAGCAGAUAUACCACUUAUACUGUGGCCUGAUUUGAAUUCUGGCCAUUAUCAAAAUUCGUGCUCAGUUAACAAGGAAAGCGGACAAACAAAGAACUGGGAACUAGAAGAACCUAAUGCUCUAAGAACCAGGAGCACUCACAAGGAAUAUUUAAGAAGUCAAACUCAAUAUUGCAAAAUCUAUUCAUCGUAA